AUGGAAGAUUGCAAUCCCUCGAAGUGCCCUAUGGAACCGAAGCUGAAUUUAUGCAAAGAUGAAAUAGGUAUUCCUGUAAAUGCAAAAGAGUAUCGGAGGAUCAUUGGAAGCCUGAGAUAUCUUACUCAUACCAGACCAGAUCUUGGUUACUCGGUUGGAGUCGUGAGUAGGUACAUGGAAUUGCCGAAAGAGAGUCACCUUAAGGCGGUCAAGCAGAUUCUGAGGUAUAUCAAUGGAACAAUCUGUUAUGGACUUGUUUAUUGUAAGGGAGGUGACAGAGGACUACUCGGCUUUAGUGAUAGUAGUCAUGGCAUGGAUCUUGAUGAUCGUAAUCGUAAAGGUACAACCGGUAUGGAGGUAAUCUUAUCACUUGGUGUUCUCAAAAGCAGCGAACUGUGGCACUCUCCUUCUGUGAAGCUGAAUUUAUGGCUGUGA